UCUGCAGUCGGUGCCUAGCGUUUGCUAACGUUUCUGGCUCCUCGCAGUAUAUAUUUAUCGAUCAUUAUUGAUAUUUACCAAUUUGAUAUUUAUCAAUUUUCACAACCAUUCUCGAUAGGAUAGAGAUCUGGAGAGAAUAAUUGAGUUUUGAAGAAAAAUAAGGGGCGCGACGAGAAACGUCCACGACUCGUCUGAUUAUGUUUCGACGUAUGUUUACAUCAACUUCGCGCAGUGUAUCGCUGCUAUCUCGGCUGUGGAAUGGAUCCAAUGGUGUACUUGCGGGUAAGCAUGCCGAAGAGAAAAUGAUAUCCAUCCUGAGGAACAGGUUUCCACAAGCUCAAUUGAUUGAAGUUACUGAUGUAUCAGGAGGAUGCGGUGCUAUGUUUGACAUAAAUGUCGUUGCCUCAGAAUUCAAAGGACUAAAUACUGUAAAGCAACAUCAAAUUAUUAAUAAGGUUCUUAAGGAAGAAAUCAAAGAUAUGCAUGGCCUCCGAAUACGUACGAGUAUCCCACAAGCCUAAAUUUUAUUUUUGGACUGUUAAAUUAAUUUUAGAGAAGGAAGAAUAUCGAUUGUAAUGAAUAAUAAUGGAUAAAUAUCUUAAUAUCUAUUUCAAGAGUUCUUAAAAGUUUAUUCAUCAAGAAUUUUUUAAUUUUGGAUGAUGUUAAAAAUAAUUCUAGAUUUUCGUCACAUAUUUGAGACAAUUUGUUGUAUGAUCAGUCCAUUAUUAGCUCGAAUCUUCAUCAAUAUCUGAAGAAGGUCUGAAGAAGUCUUGUAUAAAAUAUAGAUAAUGUUAUGUAUAUUUUAUAAGAUGUAAAUUAUAUUGUGUGUUAUGCACAAAUGUAAAACAAAUUUUAGAAAAAGAAUAAGUGAGAUAAAAGUGGAAAUUUUA